AUGGCAUCAAGUGAUAAAAAUGAGCGACAUCGGAGUAAUAGUUUGCCUGGGAGGAGUGCUAUUAAGAGUAAGCGUGGGAAGAAUACUACCAAGAGUCAAGGAAAAUCAACCGUCUCUACAUCGAGGGCAUCUCAUUCUUCUAUUCCACCAUUGCAUCCUCCUUCACAUGGCCCGUCAUCAAAGAGUAAAGAGAAAUCAACUGUAUCUACACCGAGUCCAUCACUUUCUUCCAUUCCACCAGUGCAUCCUCCUUCACAUGGCCCGUCAUCAAAGAGUAAAGAGAAAUCGACUGUAUCUACACCGAGUCCAUCACUUUCUUCCAUUCCACCAGUGCAUCCUCCUUCACAGGGGACGUCAUCAUUUUCACAUUCUUUUUAUGGUACUCUGCCUCCCCUAGGCUAUAGCUUGAUCCCUCCCCCGGGAUAUAGUCCGAUGCCUCCACAGGGCUAUUCCGGGAUUUCACCUACUGCCCCUUUCUACAAUAUGCCUCCCCCAGGCUGUUCCUCGAUGCCUCCCUCUUAUAUAACUCCACCUUGA